AUGGAAGAUUGGAGAAGAAUUGACAUCGAUGCGUUGGAGCCUGAAAACCACUUAUCCAAGCAGGACUUGGUACCGGAUCUUCCUCCUGUGACUCCAAGUGAGAUCGCCGCUAUUGCCCAGCAAGUAAAGCAAGCUUUAUCCCUGGGGCAGUUUUUGCAGGCUUUGCAAGCAGUUUUGGAAACUCCGCCAUAUGUCAGUGAUGAGAAAACCAAAAAUGUACACACUGAAACCGUUUUCGAAGUCCUUGUAUCGAUCAAGAACAACCAUAAUACCCACGAGUUCUCUUCCUUCGUCUCUCAACUAUCCUCUGACCAGCAAGACACGUUGGUCAAAUACAUUUACAAGAUCAUGUCCACCAGCUACGGUGCUAAACACGGUGCAUUGCUUUUGAGUUGGUUCGAAAAAACCGUGGAGGUUACGGGUAUGGGCCCUGUGGUCAGAUUCUACUCAGAUCGGAGAACCGUUUAG